GUUUUGAAUCACUUUGUCCUGUGUAGCAUAGGACUACUAGAAGGCAAAAGGAAACUUAAGAAAAAUGUGUAAAGCGAAAACGAAAGUUACGGUGGUGAGGAAGAAUGAACGGGGAGGUAUUUUUCUCUGGCUGGGAUGUGGUUAAAGACCGCAGCAAAACUCUAUCCGCGGACCAGGAGCCGGAGGCCGGCCGCGGUUACACGAUGUACCACGGCACACAUCUGGCAAAUGCCAAAAAAAUAAUCACUAAUGGGUUUGAACGCUCGAAAGAUGGACUGCUCGGCCCCGGAAUUUAUGUCAGUCGUAACAUUAAAAAAGCUCAAUGUUACCCGCUGAAGACUGACAAGAAUGAAAAAGUCGUUUUCAAAUUGAAAGUGCGUGUUGGGAAAGUGAAGAAGAUCGACUCUGACAAUCACGCUUUCCAGAAAUCGUGGCACCAGAACGGGUACGAUUGCGCGUGGGUCCCACCACACAGCAACAUAUCCAGCAUCAAGUCCGGUCGCGAAGAGGACUGUGUGUGGGACCCCAAGCGCAUUAAGGUGGUCGACGUUGCUUGUUGUGUGGAUCAGGCUAAACGCCACGAGCUCAGACGGUUGAUCCGAGGGGAUGGCUCUAAAAACAAACACAAAGAAGCGAGUUCUAAAUCUGAAUGCGACAUUUGCCAUCACGACGCAUCUGAAGGACCCCACGAUAUUCAGAAUUGUUGGCACUGCGGGAAAAACAUAUGUCCUUUUCAAGACAAACACUUAUGUAGGAACUAGCCUAAUUUGUUACGAUUUAAUUUAUUUUAUUUUUUAAGACUUGUCCUUUACAGACAUUUAGCUUUAUAGACAUUUCAGCUUUCAAAAAACAAGUUUGAGGUGGGGCCUGUUUAAGGCUCCCUGUUUUCAUCUGAAUACUAAGGAUAAAAAUGUAUAAGGGUUUGUAAUGGUUUAAUGGGAAAUAUUGUAUAUGCACUACCAUAAAAUGUGCUAAUCAUAUUCUGGUGAAGGUAACAUGAUGUAAACAUACUUUUACAAAUAUUGUAAAUCUGUAACACUGUAGCCUGGCCCUAUAGCCUACUAUAUGACAUUACACAUUAUGACUUAUGACAUUUCACAAAGGUGUAACAAAAGCUGCAUUGUCAGUUCCAGAUCUGUUGCAAUAAAUUCCAUAAAAAUUAUUUUAAUUGAACAUUUUAAGGUUUUAAUUUAGGCCACACCCGCACUGCAAAACUGCUGUGACCCACAAAAAAUUAUGUUUGGUCUCUUGAUUUUGAUUCUAUGUUUUUUGAAAUAAAUGUUUUUCUUAAUCUUAA